CUUUCAGUUCUCGUUUAGUUGCCAAUUUGUUUGCGCUUAUAAAUGGUGUGCGUCGCACAGUGAAAUUUCGUGGCGGAGCCAAUUUGUAUUAAUCACGUGUAAUUUUCAAAAGAAAAACAAUAACAAACAAACAAUUAUAAUUUCAAUCAAAUAUUCAAUUAUUUUAUAUCAGAAUUACUUGCGAGUUUCAAUUAUGUAACUGCAAUACAAAUAGAAACAGCAAUAAACAUAUCAGCCAUUGGUGAGGUGUAACAACGUACGUACAUACAAUAUUAUACAUACAGCAGUGUCUGUGUACGUGUGUGUGUGUAAACAACUUGUGCUACAUACUAUAAAAACGUAUUUGGGGAAAAUCGUGCUUUUCACGCAUUGUUUAUCGCCUGCAUUUGCCGCAAGCGCAAAAACGACGAAAUAAGAAAGCAGCGCAAAAUUUUUGGAGAAUCAUAUAUGUAAGUAUAUGCAACACAUAUGUACAUACUCGUGUGCAUAUACUCGCACAUAAGAACAAUCAAUUGAGAGAAUCAACAUUAAAGAGGCAGUGCAGGAAUUUGUGUAAAAUACGAGAAAUCAGGAUUAUCAAGUGUUUAAUUUAAGGCAAAUAACUGUAGCGGUUUAAGAUAUAUUUGCUUUAGCAAAUAGUAAAAAACUCAAAAAUAUUACGACGCGCACAGUGAACGACUUAAGUCGGCGGUACAAAAAUGGGCAAGAAAAAUUCCAAAUUGAAGCAAGACACCAUUGAUCGUCUAACAACAGCAACAUAUUUCACAGAAAAAGAAAUCAGACAAUGGCACAAAGGUUUUCUGAAAGACUGUCCGAAUGGCUUACUGACGGAGCAGGGUUUUAUUAAAAUUUACAAGCAAUUCUUCCCACAAGGAGAUCCCAGCAAAUUCGCUUCGCUGGUGUUUCGAGUUUUCGACGAGAACGAGGAUGGUGCCAUUGAGUUUGAGGAGUUCAUUCGCGCGUUAUCGAUUACAUCGCGUGGUAAUCUGGACGAAAAGCUGCAAUGGGCAUUCCGACUUUACGAUGUGGAUAAUGAUGGCUACAUAACGAGAGAAGAAAUGUAUAAUAUAGUCGAUGCGAUAUAUCAAAUGGUGGGCCAACAACCGCAAACAGAAGAAGAGAAUACGCCACAAAAACGUGUCGAUAAAAUAUUCGAUCAAAUGGAUAAAAAUCAUGAUGAUCGUUUAACGCUCGACGAAUUUCGUGAGGGUAGUAAAGCUGAUCCACGUAUAGUACAGGCGUUAAGUUUAGGUGGUGAUUAACCAAAAGAGACUUUGUUUAAUUCUAAUAACGAUUAAACGAGGAAACUACUAAUGAAGAAACAAAAAAAAAAAAAAAAAUCGAAAAAUAUAUAGUAAACAGUAAAGUUCAGAUAACAGAGAAAAAAUUAAGAGCUCAUAGAAGAAGCAGGAAAAUUCUUAUGGACACAAUAACAAUGAAGGAUAAUGAAAAUAAUUUUUUUCACGAUUCCAUAUAACAAAAGAAAAAUAAGAAAGAAGAAUACAUAAUCAAAAAUUAUAAGAAAACAAUUUUACACGCUCAUAGACAUCAUACAAAGAUAUGUAAAUACACUCACACACACACACACACACACACACACAUUUGACAAGCAAAAUAGUAAAUACUUAAAAUAAUAAGUAUAUGAGUAGAGCAAGCGGUAGUAAAGCUUCGAUAAAAAUAAAAUACCAGGGAAAUGAAGUUACAGAAAAAUUAUUAAAUCGAAUAAAAACCAUUUAAAGCAAAAACAAGAGAAACUGGUUUAGCAUAGCAAUCAAAUAUUAAAAACUGGCGUUCCUUUGGCAGCCAGCGGACACAUAUACACACAUUUAUAGAUAUUAGUGCAUUCAACGAAACGUAAAUCAAAAUCUGCUCCGACAGAAAAUGGCGGAUAAACAUAAUAUCUACAUAUAUAGCCAAAACAGCUUACAGUAAGUGAAAGUUUUAGUCAAAAUAUUAUGCGCAAAAAAUUUCAGUUUCAAACUAUGUAGACAGCGCAUAUGUCAAAUCCUAAGCUAGUUUUAAAAGAAACAAAUAGUAAAAAUAAGGAAAAUAAAAAUUAAAAAUAAUCCAAUUUUUUGAAAUGAAAAUGAAGCCAUUAAAGGUCGAAUUCAAAGGUGCGUUUGAGAAAAUAAUUAAUAUUAUAAAUAUCUUCAGAAAUUGAACUUUUUUCUAAUAGAAUUAGAAAAAAAAAAAAUUAGAAAAAAAUUCCAUAACGUCAAAGAAAAAGGUGUUUAACAUUAUCUAACUCCUCGCUUAAACCUCCGGAAAGGAUGGCAUGAUGCGCAGCAAUAAAUAUGUAUAUUUACAAUUAGUUGAUAAAUACAUGUAUAUUCGAACGAAAUUGUUAUGAACAAUAACACCAAUUUAAAAUCUAUUAUUCAUAAUUAUCAUAAAAACCAAUAAUAAUUAUUCACAUUAGAAAUUGAAAUAUUCAAAAUUAUUCAAUUGCUUAUCUCCGUUCUUUAUUUACGUACGUCCUUAAGACGUUAAAUGCUACAACUCAUAAUAGUUAGAAAUGAAAUAUAACAAAAAAAA